AUGUCAUCCAAGAAAGAAGAACUAGGCGAUGCCCCAGAGGCAUUUAGCACUGACUCAGUGAGCCAGUCUCCUUCUGCAACUCAGAAGGUUGGUGCACAGACUAAGUCUCCAUAUGUGUCUGAGACUCCGGCAAAGGCUGUGAGCAGUACAAAGUUAAUGGCAGCAGCACUUUUCUGUGCCAUAGUUAACGGCUGUACUAUGGGUGUUGAUCAAUCCAUGAUGAAUAACCUUAACAUGAUUGACCAAUAUAUUGACUACUUCAACUUAGACUCUGAUAUGGAGGGUCUCUUUUCUGCCGCCAUCAAUAUUGGUUCUGUUAUUGGAGGAUUCUUUGCUUCCCAGAUUAUUGAAAUCAAGCACGUCGGCCGUAAGGGUGGUAUUCUUAUCAGUUGUCUUAUCACUUACUUGGGUGUUGGUCUUCAAACAGGAGCUCGAAACAGAGCCAUGUUUAUUAUCGCCCGUAUUUUCAUUGGUAUUGCUGUUACAAUAAAUGCUGUUUCUGCACCAACGUACGUUGCGGAAAUGGUCAAGGCUAAAUACAGAGGUUUCUUUGCCGGAAUUUACAUGGCAUCAUGGUAUUUCGCAGCCAUUAUAACUACCGGUAUUUCAUUGGGAACUUACACUGUUAAUUCUACCUGGGCUUGGAGAGGUAUCUCUCUUUGGCAGUUAUGUCCAUCCAUUCUUGCUGUUUUGGUUCUUCCAUUCAUCCCAGAGACUCCUCGUUUUCUUGUCUUCGUUGACCGUGAAGAUGAAGCAAUGGAUGUGCUUAGAAGAUACCAUGGUAAUGGAGUGGAGACUCCACUUGUGAAAAACGAGUUUGCCGAGAUCAAGAACGUUCUAGAUUUCGAGAAGCAGCACAAGUCUUCGUGGAUGGACCUUAUAAAGACAAAGGGAAACAGAUGGAGAAUGUGGAUUAUCUUCUGGAUGGGUGUUGCCUCUCAGUUGACUGGAAGUAACAUUGUCGGUACUUAUCUUGGGCUUUUCCUUGACAACUCUGGAAUAACAUCCACUAGAAAGCAGAUCGUCAUCAACUUGACUAUUCAGGUGUGUAAUUUGGUUUUUGCCGUGCUCGGAUCUUAUCUCACAGAAGGUUGGGGUCGUGUUCCGAUUAUAACAUACUCAACUGUCUUUAUGGGAGUUUGCUUGUUCAUCAUGGGUGCUCUUCAGAGUAAAUACUCAGAUGGUCACAGCGCUGCUGGUAGUAACGCCUUGAUCUUCAUGGUUUACUUGUUUUCCGUUACUUACUCCUUCUCUUUCACUCCACUUUGUGUCUCCUAUCCUGUUGAGAUUUUGAACUAUUCUAUUAGAACUAAAGGUAUGGCUUUCUCUCAGAUUGUGACGUUUGCUUUUGGUUUCUUCAACCAGUACGUUUUGCCUAUUGCCUUGGAUCACAUCUCUUGGAAGUAUUACAUGAUAAACGGUGUCUACAACCUUUUGCAGGCUGCUCUUUUCUAUUUCACGCUUGUUGAAGUCAAGGGCUUGACUUUGGAAGAGAUAGACGAGAAGUUUGAUGGCGUUUCGCAUACUAAGUACCCUACUCACUUGAAAGAGAUCGAGUCGAAGAAUGUUGAAGAUAGCGAAGUGGCUAGUGUCUCGGACAAGGCCUAA